GGUGUUGCUGAAGUCGUUGUGGUAGGCGGCCUUUGCACAGCGCGCGCGCGACUUAUAAAUCCGUUGCUAGGAUCCGCGUUUCCCGGGGAAAAAGAAGACCAUCUGGAAUUAUUUUAAAAUUCAGGAGUUUGCAUGUCCCGUUGUUGUUUUUAAGACAGAAACUUACUCGGUAUACGCGUACUAAUUUUGGUAUAUGAAACGAUACCGUAGCGGAUACGUGUCAGUCCGCGUCGGAAGGUGAACGAGCCCCUCCGUGAAAUUGUCAGUGAUUUUUCCAUUGUUGAAAAUAUCCUGGAGAAUAAUUCUCCGCCGUGACGAGUAGUGUUAGAGCAAGUGGAGUGUUGCUGUUCUUUCUUCUAUUCUUGAAAAAAAAAGAAGAAAGAAGCAAAAGUAACUGUCCAGAACUGGUGUAACUCAAAAGCAUAAAAGCGUGGUCGCCACCACCAGCAUCAACAAAAGCUAGUUUUAUAAAACUAGUUGGCCGUCGUUGAGUUGGUGAGUGUUUUCGUUCGUUCGUGCGUGCGCGGGUUGGUAGAGCCUACCUACCUACCCCUGGUCCAACCCCCUCCCGGCCCCUAUCCACAUCCAGGGACCCCCUCCCCCUAUCUCCUUCAAGGGCACUCAGCUUCCCUACGCUCCAUCUUCGAUUAAUAAUACUUCAGGUGUGUACUCGAUCAAGAGCCUGUGUGAGCUCGAAGCAGUUGGACAGGUGUGUUUGCGUUAAGAAGUUUUCCACCACUCCAACUGAAUCAUGGGAGUCUUUGAUGGGCAGACGAUAAUGAUGAAGAACACCGGCCUACUCAGGUGGACCAACAACAAGAACAACAACAACAAGAACAACAAUGCCAAAAACGCAAACAAAAACUGGCUCCAUCCACCGGAAGCACUUCAAAAGGGCCACAUAGCUUACUUAGUGAAGUUUUUGGGCAGCACGGAAGUGGACCAGCCGAAGGGCAUCGAGGUGGUGAAGGAGGGCAUCCGAAAACUCAAGUUCAACCAACAGCUGAAGAAGGCUGAGGGUACAAAGACGCCCAAGGUCGAGCUGACCGUCUCCAUCGAUGGCGUGGCCAUUCACGAACCCAAAACAAAGAAAAACCUGCAUCAAUAUCCACUACAUAGAAUCAGCUAUUGUGCAGAUGACAAGGCCGAAAAGCGUUUCUUCAGCUUCAUUGCCAAAGAAGCUGACUCUGACAAACACACUUGUUUUGUGUUUGUUAGUGAUAAGUUGGCUGAAGAAAUCACCUUAACAAUCGGUCAGGCGUUUGAUCUGGCAUACCGAAGAUUUGUGGAAACCUCAAGCCGUGAAGUGGAGAUGCGACGUCAGUUGCUUAUCUUGCAGAAGCGUGUGCAAGGGCUUGAGGAUGAGAAUCAAAUUUUGAAGGAACGUAUCACUCAGCUUUCUGCUCUGAAGAAUAGACCAGAUGUUGAAGACUACAUGAGGGACAAUAAUAUUUCUGACUUGCUAACCCUUAAUGGAGAGAGCAGUACAGAUCCAUCUUUGUCAUCUGAGCCAGCCUCUAGUGGUUCCAAUAUUUUAACUCCUCCCCCUGUUCCACCACGCAAUGCACCAAAGCAGGAUGAUGCUAACCUGAUUGACUGCUUUAUGGGGAAUGGUUCAGAUUUCAUGGUACUUCAAGAUAAGAAUGAUAUAUUAUCCUGCCCCAUGUCCAAUGGUACACUUGAUGACGACGAUGAUGAUGACUUCAAUCCACGUGCCGAAGAAGCCCCAUCAACUAGUGUUAAUGGUACAAAUGGUACAGCAAGUUUAGGCAGUGAUGGUGACGGUGAUGAUGACGAUGACUUUGAUCCAAGAGCUGAAGAAAAGAAGCCACCAUCAUUCACAAAGAAACCAGUUACUGAAUUAAAUGGCCUUUCAUCCAUGGCUCUUAUUCCCCCUCCACGACCUGCCCGAGCACAUGAACAACCACAGCAGAAUGGUUUGUCUGACCUUGUGUUUGAUACACCAGGAGAUCCAUUUGGUUCUGCUGCAUUUACUCCAACAAAUGGUAACAAUGACAUCUUGGCUCAGUUUAAUGAAAUGAAGGCUGGUUUUAGCCGUGGUCUGUCUUUUGGCACUGCUGAUGAAGACUUCACACUUGAAAGCCUAGAUCCACUGAAAAAUUAAUUGUGCACAUUGCCUCAUAUAAGGAACUUUGCGCUUGCAAUCUGCGUUUUCUGAUGUUCAGUAGGCAUCACUCAGCUUGUCCAUAUACUCUUAUGCACCAACUCACAGGUUAUGAAUAACAGGUGUGACUGUUAGAGUACUAAAAACAGUAUAAUUUAUAUUAUAUGUACUAUCAUGGAAGUACCGAUAAAACAAUGGAAAAUAUUUUGGAAAUUUUAUUGUCAAACUAUGCAAGAAAAUACAAAAAAAAAGGCUUUUAGUAAUGCUGUAAUCUAACUAGCUAUAACACAGCUCUUAUAUGGCAAGUUGAAUAGAUGGUUAUGGGAUGGGGAAAAAUAUCUUGCCAUUAGCCCUUUGUUUUCUUUAAAUGACAGACUGAAAUUAUUUUUACUGUACUUAUAAAGGUUGAUGUUUAACAAUUCUUAAUGUGCAGUAUUGCAUUACUUUGUCAUUGUUACUCCUAUGGAGGUAUUUGAUUCCAUUAUAUAAGAAAAAAAGAAUUGUGAUGCUUGCACAUUAGGAUACAGUCUUGAGUCAAAACUUUGUUUUCAAUGUUUUUGAAACUCGGCUGUGUAUGGUUGCAUUUGUUUGCGAAUAACUUAAAAUGCCUCAGUCAGUGUUAUCCUGACUCAUAAAAUAUAGUACAGUAUUGAUUAGUUUACAAGUUCUGUGGGUUGGUAAGUUACUGGAUAAUGGGCUAGAAGGCUUAUCUUAGAAUCUAAUCAUGCUUUCAUCAUUCCAAAAUCAUUAUCAGUAUGUUAUUUAAAACUGUACAAAUAUAGGUGUUACACAUAGUACUGUAUUCGUUUUUAAGGCAUCAUAGAUAUAUUUCUAUCAUUUAUAUAAAGAUGAGCGUCAGUUGAAGAUCUGUUUCAUUUUAUGUAGUUUUAUGCAGAAUUGUGAUAAAUGUUAAUGGCUAAGAAUAAAUGCUGAUAGUAUAGUUUUGUAUUUAUCUUUUUAUGAGAAUGAAUUUUAAUGACUUUCCUGUUUAGAGCUAUAGUUUAUCAAAAAUAGAUUAUGUAUGUAUAGAUGGAAGUUUAUAUCAAAAGUCUAUUAAUAAUGGUAGUCUAAGAAUGAUAAGUAUAUAUUAAUGCAUUUUUAUACCAAACUCUUAGGAGUUGCAUUAUUUAAUAUUGUCAUGGAGAAUGUUAUCCAAUCAUUAUUAAUGAAAGCAAAUUGAGACAUCGUCAGGUUUUUUUGCAGUCUGAUGAUUGUAAUUCAUUUCCAUUGCUCUACGAUGAACACAACUGUCUUGUAUUAAGAGUGAGCAAAGAAGGCAUGAUCAUUUAUAUUUUCAUGAGCUCUACAUUGCUUUAAUAAUAACUGGCUUCAGCAGUUUAUUACAUGAGGUCUAUUAACUCCUCAGUAAUCUCAUAUUAAAUACUAGUAGCCUCUACUGUAAUUGCUGAUUUGUAAAUGUAGGUGCCGUUACCUACUUAAAAUUCAUACAGCAUUUUUUUUUCUUUGACAGCAGAAUGUUUCUGUAUGCAUGUUAGAACUACCUUUGUGCUUAAUAUUUUUUUUCUUUUUUUGUUGUGUCAAAAAUUAUUUUCAUGUUGCUUUGUGACAAUUAACAUGAGAUAAAUCUUUCAAAAUAUUCCAUGUUUUCUUUCUUUUGGGAUUAUUUCAAGCACAAAAUACUGAAACAAUAAUGCUAAAUUCCCUGGCUAAUAUUUUUCAAUUAAAUUUUUGUAUAAUCUUAAAUGCCACUAUCACAUCAGUUAUAGAGGUGGAAUUAAUUUUUCAUAUUUAUGAAAAGAUCGUUUGCAUAUCAUCAGUAUUAUUUUUGCAUCAAGUAUAGGUGGCCAUUUUAUAUAGUUUUGCAUGGUCAUUGAGAAUUCAGAUUAAAUAAAGAAAAGAAUGUCGAGAAAUUUUACUUCAGUACUGUUAAUUGUGACCAAGCUAAUAAUUAUGAAAUUUGUUGGUUUUGCUCUCUUUCCCUUCCUCCUCUACUUGUGACAAAAACUAAUGAGUGUUGUAUGAAACAUAGUGAUGACAUUUUGUGAUCAAGUGGCCACAAUCAUAAUGUAGUUGUUAUAGUUAAAAUAGUUACAGUAUUAAAGGUGUGUUUGAUUGUUAAGUUUACUUUUGCUAAAAAUAUUAUGGGGUAAUCUACAAUUUAAUUAAGCUCAUGACUACCCUGGCAUUAACUGAGAGUGUAAAAGGUUUCAUAUCAUCCCCAUUUUGGUUCUGGUUUCUCAGAGAUUUUUUUAAACAAAAUUGUUAUGGUAGAUAUUUUUUCGGCUUGAGUUGAGAACUUGAUACCAAGUAUUAAUCAUGUAUAUGGAAGCCCAAUAUUUUAUGUCUCGAGAAGUAAUCAUUUGCAAGGCAUAGAACACUAUGUACCUUCUGGAAAAAAAAUUAUGUAACUAUGAAUUUAAACAUCUUUUGCUGGUUUUUUCAUGUAAUAUACAUAUAUGUAUGCUGCUAUUAUAGAUCUGAAAUCCAUGAUUUCCAAUUUUUCUUGGUAUUCACUGGGUAAGGAUGUGAUGCAAUGCCUUUGCAAGUAACACUUGUUGGGUCUGUUUGGGUGGGUGAUGGAAGGGUUGUGAUUUGCACUUUUUUCUUAUUUUGGUAUUCUUGACAAAAUUUGAUAUCCCUUCAACAGCUCGACCUGACCUACAUAUCAUUCCAAGGGGUUUUGAUGCUGAGUGGAUGACUGCUAUUUGUAUAUACUAUGCAUAAUUUUUUUCACUUGACUCUUGACUGAAUGCAUUUCUCUUAUAUCUCAGCAUCUAAUUUAGGUCUGAUUAUAGUAUGGUCACACUAAUGUUAGUUAUGGAAAUACUCUUUGUUCUGAACUUCUUACUACAAAAUUAUAUAAAUCUUUCUCCAGAUAUUACCAGUUUUAUGGCAUAGUUCUACAUACUCACUAACAUUAGCACGUAGUCUUUGUAAAUAAAAUGUAUAUAUCUGGAA